ACUCACACAUACAUAUGCAGGCAGAAUAGUAUUGUGGGAAAGCAUAAUAAUGAAGCAAAAAAAGUCUUGGAUAGUGUUUGGUCUGCUUUUGAAAAUUUCUUGGAGUACGCGCGGCCGACGCGACGCUAGCCUCUCCUCUCAACUGUGUCAAACCUCUCAGCAUUGUAUCUCGGCAGUUGCAGCCGCAGAAAAGAACAAAGCAGAGCGGGAGAGGGAAUCUGCUGCCGCUGCCGCUGACGCCGCCGUCACUCUGCAGCAGUCACAGAGUAUUGGACGCACCAUGGAUAGAACUCUCCCUGGUAAUUUCUCUCUCCCCGCUGGCAGCGAGUCUGCAACAACGCGUUGCUCGUUUCUGCUCUUAAGCGGGACUUGA